AUGUCCAAACCAGGCGGAUACAGCAGCCAGUGGACCGGAAGGACCAGUCAGCCAAGAGCCAGGAGAAGGACCAGAUGGUUGGACUCAACAAGUUUAUUAGCGUUCAUUGACAAGGUGCAAAACCUGGAGCAGCAGAACAAGGUCCUGGACACGCGUCUGAAGAUCCUGAAGGAGCAGGAGGACUACCAAGGCAACGUGGACGCUGUGGUCCAACAGCUGGCCAACGAGUUGCAGCAGCAGAUCCAGAAACUGGCCCGGGACAAACAGAAACUGAAGCAGGAGCUGGCCCACUGCCAGGACGAAGUGGACCAGACACGCAACAAGUACCAGGAUGAGAUCCAGAAGAAGUUGGAUCUGGAGAAUGACUUUGUGAUCAACAAGAAGGGUGUGGAUGAGGGCCACCUGGCAGCCGUGGAUCUGGCUCUGGAACUGGGGGACCUGAUGGGAGAACUGGACUUCCUGAGGUGGGGCUAUGAUGAGGUAGGCUGA